AUGUCGGCACCCAUCUUUGCCCAAGAGGCCACCCAAGAGCGUGCUGAGAAUGCACGUCUCUCUUCCUUCGUCGGUGCCGUCGCUCUUGGUGACCUUGUCAAGACCACGCUCGGCCCUAAAGGAAUGAAUAAGAUCCUCCAGUCCGUCGGCUCGAACGAUAUCGUUGUCACCAAUGACGGAGCUACCAUCCUCAAAUCCAUCCACCUCGACAAUGCCGCAGCCAAAAUCCUCGUCAACAUCUCCAAAGUCCAAGACGACGAAGUUGGUGACGGCACCACCAGUGUCUGUGUGCUUGCAGCCGAACUUUUGCGCGAAGCAGAAAAGUUGAUCGAAAUGCGGAUCCACCCUCAAACCAUCGUCGAAGGAUACCGCAUCGCCUCUGCUGCAGCUCUCAAAGCUCUCGAAGAUACCGCCGAAGAUCACGGUACCGACCCCACCAACUUCCGCAACGAUCUCCUCAACAUUGCUCGUACCACGCUCAGCUCAAAAGUUCUCAGUGCGGACAAGGAUUAUUUUGCCGACCUUGCUGUCGAUGCUGUUUUGCGUCUAAAGGGAAGCACCAACUUGGAGCAUAUUCAGAUUAUCAAGAAGCCUGGUGGAAAGUUGACAGAUUCCUACCUGGAUCAAGGUUUCAUUCUGAACAAGAACAUUGGCACUAACUGUCCCAAGACGUUGAACAAUGCCAAGAUCUUGAUUGCCAACACUUCGAUGGAUACGGAUAAGAUCAAGGUUUUCGGUGCACGAGUACGCGUGGAGGGCACAGGCAAGUUGGCUGAAUUGGAGAGGGCAGAGAGGGAGAAGAUGAAGGCCAAGGUGGACAAGAUCAAGGCUCAUGGAAUUACUUGCUUUGUCAACAGGCAGUUGAUUUACAACUAUCCGGAAAGCUUGUUGGCUGAAGCUGGAAUCAUGUCGAUUGAACAUGCUGAUUUCGAAGGUGUCGAGAGGUUGGCUCUAGUUACGGGAGGAGAGAUUGCCUCUACGUUCGACAGGCCUGAUUUGGUCAAGAUCGGUCAAUGUGGAAAGAUCCAAGAGGUGAUUAUCGGGGAGGAUAAACUCAUCAAAUUCUCGGGCGUUGCAGCUGGUGAAGCUUGCACGGUGGUGCUUAGAGGUGCGACUAGUCAGAUGUUGGAUGAAGCCGAAAGGUCGCUUCACGACGCACUCUCUGUUCUUUCCCAAACUGUUGGUGAGACCCGAGUCUUGCUGGGAGGUGGUUGCGCAGAGAUGUCCAUGUCUAAGGUCGUCGAUGAAGCUGCUCGUUCGACUUCCGGUAAGAAGGCCAUUGCUACCGAAUCCUUUGCCAAAGCUCUCCGACAACUCCCCACCAUCCUUGCAGACAACGCUGGUCUGGACUCGAGCGAACUCGUCGCUCAGCUUAGAGCCGCUCACCAGCAAGGCAACAAGACAGCCGGCUUGGAUUUGGAUAACGGAAAAGUGGCAGACAUGAAGGAGAGGGGAGUCAGGGAGUCUUACAAGCUCAAGAGACAGGUCGUGGUCUCGGCAACGGAGGCAGCGGAAAUGAUCUUGAGGGUCGACGAUAUCUUGAAGUGCGCUCCUAGGAGACGUGAGGCUCACUAG